AAAAUUUAAAUGGAAAUGAAUUCUAACCGUGCUUGGAUAUAACGGACGUGUGUUACUCGUAAUAUUGUUCUUAUGUUUCCUUUUUGUUUUUUCACAUUUUUUAAUUUUUUUUGGCCAGGGUAUGUUUCUAUUUUUAGUUUCCCUUUGGAGUUUCCAUUUCUACGCCGCACCUCUCCCAUUCUCACUUCUCCAUUGAAGCAUACUCCGAGUUCUCCAUUAAACCGUCUUUCUGAGUUUUCUGUCCUCCAUUGAAGCAGCUUUUGAGAUAAUGGCAGCGUGUGCGAAAGAUAGCGGUGAAUACAAUGAUUUGGUGGAGGUGAAUACUGGUAAAGGUGUUGGAGAGGAGUCUGCUGAGCCGAUAUUGAAAGAGACUCCAGCAGAACUUACGAAGAAAGGAGCGGGGAAGAAACCACAGGAUGUGAAUGAAGAAGAAUCACAAUUAUCAAAUGGAGCAGUUUCAGCUUGUAGGAGCAAAUUUGAUUCCAAGACAGAGCCAUCUUCUGCCAAAAUGUAUUUUCAUUAUUAUGGACAACUAUUACAUCAGCAAAAUAUGAUGCAGGACUAUGUGAGAACAGGGACCUACUAUGCUGCUGUCAUGGAAAACCGUGUGGAUUUUAGUGGUAAGGUGGUGGUUGAUGUUGGUGCCGGCAGUGGUAUUUUGUCAUUAUUUGCUGCUCAGGCUGGUGCAAAGCAUGUUUAUGCUGUAGAAGCUUCUGAAAUGGCAGAUUAUGCACGUAAACUUGUCGCAGGCAACCCCCUAUUAGCUGAUCGAAUAACGGUCAUUAAAGGUAAAGUUGAAGAAGUGGAGCUGCCUGAGAAAGCAGAUAUAUUGAUUUCUGAGCCGAUGGGUACGUUAUUAGUUAAUGAACGGAUGCUGGAAUCUUAUGUUAUUGCAAGAGACCGGUUUCUUAUACCUAAUGGAAAAAUGUUUCCUGGAGUAGGAAGAAUACAUAUGGCACCAUUCAGCGAUGAAUAUCUGUUUGUGGAAAUUGCUAACAAGGCACUCUUCUGGCAGCAGCAAAAUUAUUUUGGGGUGGAUUUGACCGCCUUGUAUGGAUCAGCAUUCCAGGGUUACUUUUCACAGCCCGUGGUUGAUGCUUUUGACCCAAGGUUACUUGUCGCACCAGCUACACACCAUGUGAUAGAUUUCUCGACUAUUAAGGAGGAACAGCUAUAUGAAAUUGACAUUCCAUUAAAAUUCACUGCUGCAGUGGGCACAAGGGUGCAUGGUUUAGCUUGUUGGUUUGAUGUUUUGUUUGAUGGAAGUACGGUCCAAAGAUGGCUAACCACUGCACCAGGUUCACCAACUACUCACUGGUACCAGUUACGUUGUGUUCUUGCACAACCUAUUUAUGUCAUAGCUGGACAAGAAAUUACUGGCCGUCUUCUCAUGGUUGCUCACAAUAAUCAGAGUUAUACUGUAUAUCUUACUUUGUCAGCUAAAAUGUGGGGUGUUGGCGCUGAGCAAGGAGGAAUCCUUCAGACGUCUUCUGGAAAGAUGGAACUGAAGGAACCCUAUUACAGAAUGUCCCAGCCACAAAUACAAACUCAGGCCUAUGCAGUAUCUCAAGAUCAGCAGCCGCAAAAUAUACAGCAACAGGAUAUGAAUAUCCAAUCACUGGAUCUUGAAGGUGAGCUGCUACAACAAGAAUUGGAAAAUGCAAAUGUUCAAAUCCAGUAAUCCAUGAGCCUUUAAGAUGUGGUCCUCUGAAAAUUAUCACGAACGUUGAAGGGUAGGGGCUAUGUCCAAUCUGUUGUACAAUAGAGUUCUGCCGUCCAUGGUUCUCAAGGGCUCUCCAAUGUUCUACCGGCCAUGGUCCAGUAGAUAUUGCCCCCCCCUGUGUGGCUGUGAAUGAUAUUCUUUGUUAGGGAUUUAGAAUCUUAUAUAGCUAUUAUAACAGCUUAGAGCAGGGUAAAAUAUCAAUUUGGUACAAGUUUUCAGUGAUGAUAUUUGGUGAUGUGCUUUAAUUAUGCUAUUAGCAUCAAAGUGUUCCACCUAUUCCUGAAAAUAGAUGCUUGAGUGUUAACUUCUUAGUCUUUGCAUGAAAGAAACCAACAUUUAGCUACAA